GCAUCUCUAUUACUCCAGAUUCGUGUCUCAUUUUCUGCAUUCUAUCGGUUGGUUGAAAGAGAAGAACCCUUCAAGAGGAUGCUGGUUCAAGGAAUUGUGAUGGGGAAGACUUUCCGAGUCAAAGGUACCGGCCGAUUCAUCAAGGAAGACGAAGUGGAGAAAGUAGGUAAAAAGUUAGUAGAGAAAGGAUCAGGAGCAGCCGUUGUUCAAACGUGGGAGAAGAUGAGUAAGUCGAAGCACAACGGUGUGGAUCCAAAGCAAAUGCUGAACGAUUAUGGAAUCGACUCCACAAGGCUGCUCACUCUGGCAGACGUUUCUCCUACUUCAAAUCGCAAUUGGAACUCACAGACGUUCCCUGGAGUACUGAAGUGGCAACAUCGUCUCUGGCUCACUGUGCGACAAUUCCAGGCAGCUCGUAAUAUUAGAGAUGAAUUGCAGAAAAGCGAUACUUUCGAUGAGCAGGAUGCGUUUAUUUGGGACUCGAGAAAUUUCUACCUGAAAGGAGCCACAUUUUGCUAUUCAUACACUCAUCAGUUGAGUGUAGCCAUAUCCAAGAUGCAAGGACUCACCGGAAGCCUACGGAAAAGCAGCAAAGACGUGGUGGCGCUUAGUGGUGAAUACGAACGGGCCCUGGCGGCGCAGAUAGUGAUGUUGGCCCCAAUUGCGCCCCACUUCGCCUCCGAGCUGUGGAGUGGCUUCAGGGAGGCGCCCGGUCGCAUCGACAAGAAUCCGGGCGAAAUCAAGUGGGACUGCCCGCUCGUUGAACAGUCUUGGCCACAAACUGACGACCUGUAUAAACUAGAUCUCAAAUUUAUGGUGAACAAUGCUUUUAAAGGCAGUUUGAAAGUAGCACGUUGUGAGCUGGACGCACUGAGCAAAUGCAAUGUUGAGGCAAUGGCGCUCAAUGAACCGGCCGUCACCUCCGGUAUUGAUAAUAGACCAAUCAUCGAUGUCAAGUACAAGUUGUUCCCAGGCUGCGAGGCAAUUAUCAACUUCAUCACAUUGAAGUCUGAUAAGAAAACUGAGGAAAGUGGGGAUGAUGAAUGUCUUGCUCAGAAGGCUUGAUAUUGUUCGUUCUAAUCCUAUCAUAGUAUUUGUUAUAAUAUAAUAAUAUUACUUCCAA